UCCCAGGAGAAAUUGGAAGAAGUUCUUUCAGAUAUAAGCUAGCUUCUUGCCCUGGAGUCUCUCCCCGAACUUUCGAGCUCAUUGUAAUUCACAUCGCAAGCAAGACUAUCUAGCAACAGCUAGUCUCACAUCGCCUCCUACGUUUCGUUGAUUCUAUCUGCAGUCAUGGCUGGUGGUGGAGUCGUCCACGGCACUGCCGAUACGUCACGUAUCGAGGCACCUGUGACGGUGAAAGCCUACCUGAUGUGUGCGUUUGCAGCAUUUGGAGGCAUUUUCUUUGGUUACGAUACAGGAUGGAUGGGAGGAGUCAUGGGAAUGAAGUACUACAUUCGCCAAUAUACCCACAUUCAAUAUCCUGGUCCCGACGCCGACUCUGCCACCAAAGCUCUCUUCGUUCUGCCUGGAUGGCAGCAAUCUCUCCUGACUGGAAUUCUCUCCUGUGGAACCUUCUUCGGCGCCCUGAUCGCAGGUGAUGUUGCCGACCGUAUCGGCCGUCGCUGGACUAUCAUCAGUGGUUGCCUUACCUUUACUGUUGGUUGUAUUUUGGAGACCGCCAGCACUACUCUAGCUGUGAUGGUAGUAGGAAGACUUAUUGCUGGCGCUGGUGUUGGAUUCAUCUCUGCUAUCAUUAUCCUAUACAUGUCUGAAAUUGCUCCAAAGAAGGUCCGUGGUGCCUUGGUAGCUGGUUAUCAAUUCUGCAUUACUAUCGGUAUCCUUCUUGCGAAUUGUGUGGUUUAUGCGACACAAGACCGCGAUGAUACUGGCUCAUACAGAAUCCCCGUCGCUGUCCAAUUCCUCUGGGCCCUUGUUCUCGGCAUUGGCCUCUUUCUGCUUCCGGAGUCUCCUCGUUACUUCGUGAAGAAAGGAAAACUCGAUGAGGCUGCCCGUGCUCUUGCCAAUGUUCGAGGACAGCCAAUCGACUCGGAAUACAUUCAGGACGAGCUUGCCGAAAUCAUUGCCAAUCAUGAGUACGAGUUGAGCGUGGUCCCACAGACGACUUACUUUGCGUCCUGGGCGAACUGCUUCCAUGGUGGCUUAAAGAGCCCAGCUAGCAAUCUUCGACGUACUCUUUGUGGAAUCGGAUUGCAAAUGAUGCAACAACUUACGGGGAUUAACUUUAUUUUUUAUUAUGGUGUCGUAUUCUUUACUAGUCUUAACACUAUUUCGAAUCCUUUCCUCAUCAGCUUGAUCACCACGCUUGUUAACGUUCUUUCCACCCCUAUCUCAUUUUGGAUGGUCGAGAGAUUUGGUCGACGCAACUUGCUCAUCUUUGGCGGAACUGGAAUGGUCAUCUCUCAAUACAUUGUUGGCAUUAUUGGAGUCACUGUUGGCCAAGACAAGGGAAAGGAUACCAACAAAGCAGCUGUCUCCGCCAUGAUCGCUUUCAUCUGCAUCAACAUCAGCAUGUUUGCUUCCACAUGGGGUCCUUGCGCAUGGGUCGUGAUCGGCGAGAUCUUCCCACUCCCAAUCCGCUCCCGUGGUGUUGGGCUUUCAACUUCUAGCAAUUGGUUCUGGAAUUGCAUCAUUGCCAUCAUCACCCCCUACCUAGUCGAUAAACAAUACGCCAACCUGUCCUCCAAGAUUUUCUUCAUGUGGGGCUCCCUCUGCAUCAUCAGCGUUCUCUUCGCAUAUUUCUUGGUUCCUGAGACUAAGGGCCUUUCCCUCGAGCAAGUCGACAGAAUGCUCGAGGAAGUGUCUCCUCGCCACUCUAGAUCCUGGGUCCCCCACUCCACCUUCGCUGCCGAGAUGGGUCUCGUCGAGAAAGGCAUCCCUCUCGGAGGCCCUACUGCCAAACAAGGUGACUCGGCUGAAGAGACUGAGAUUGAGACUCAUAAUGCUCCUGCCAACAAGGAGAUCGUUUAAGUAUUCUUACAGAGUGAUGCCGGCAUUGCUCCCAAGUA